UGAGGUGAGACUAAAAUUGCGGAACGCUGGCUCAGAGAGAGGUGAGACAGAGAGGUAUUGAUCGACCGAGGCCUAAUUAAUUCCAAUUUCUAGAAAACAACCCCCCGGAAGUUAAAGAAAAAAAUGGCCGAUGACGAGGACUUUGAGAGACAGCUCCAGCUGGAAAAGGAAGAGCAGUACAAACAGGAGCAGGGCUACACCUACACUGACCCCAACGACGGCACAGUCUACGAAUGGGACACGGGGAAACAGGCCUGGUUUCCAAAGGUGGAUGAAGAUUUCCUCGCUGCAUACCAAGCCAACUAUGGCGUCAACACUGACGAGCAGAGCGUGAAGUCCUACUACGAGCAGUAUGCGGCCCAGCUGGCAUCGGAACAGCCCAAACUGGAGAACUCGGAGAGCGAGGAAGAAGACGACGAUGACGAUGAUGAUGACGACGAUGAUGAAAACCCAGAGGGGGCAAAGAAGUUCGGAGCAGAAGAGCCCAAGAAGGAAGCAGGGGAGGGGCAGAAGGCCAAGGGAGCCCAGAAGAGGAAGGCGGAAGAAGGGUGGUUCGAGAUCGACGACACCAAGAACACCAACGUCUACGUCAGUGGCCUGCCCUUGGACACCACCCUGCCGGAGUUUGAGGAGCUGAUGCAGAAGUGCGGGCUGAUCAUGUUUGACGAGGAGAAGCAGGAGAACAAGAUUAAGCUAUACUUGGAUGAGCACGGCAACGUCAAAGGCGACGGCCGCUGCUGUUACUUGAAGAGGGAGUCAGUCGGCCUUGCCGUACAGAUACUGGACGACUCCGUCAUCCGAGGCCACAAAAUCCACGUCGAGCUGGCCAAGUUUGAGAUGAAAGGGGACUACAAGCCGCUGCCAAAAAAGAAGAAGAAGCCGAAGAAGAAAAAGAAAAAUCUCCAGGAGAAGUUGCUAGAUUGGAGGCCGGAGAAGAAGUUCCAUCAGCGUAAGAGAAACGAGCAGGUGGUCAUCAUCAAGCAUUUGUUCCACCCAGAUGAAUUUGAGGAAGAUGCCAUGAUUAUCAAUGAGAUCAAAGACGACCUGCAGUCAGAGUGCUCCAAGUUUGGAGAGGUCAAGAAAGUCCUCAUUUUUGAUAGGCAUCCUGACGGCGUGGCAUCCGUCAAAUUCAAGGAUGUAGAAAGUGCCGAUAAAUGCGUGGAGAGCCUUAACGGCAGGUGGUUCGCAAAGAGACAAUUGCAUUGUGAGCUCUGGGACGGCGUGACGGACUAUAAGAUCGAAGAGACGGACAAGGAGAGAGAAGAACGUAUCAAGAAGUGGGAGAACUUCCUGGAGGACGACGCCAAGACGAGGGAGCCCGGGAGCAGCGAGAAGCAGGACACCGGGCAGGAGAAGACAGGACCCCAGGAGAGCAAUAUCACUCAGCGCACCGCUGCCGACAGGUCCACAGACAAAGAGGCCAGAAGCGAUGCAAGACAGAACACCAAACCUGUUGAUGCAACUUGAUGGCUGAUGGAGGGAGUUGUGACAAAGUUUUCACUGGAAGCACAUGCAGGGGGGUGAACGGAACAUCCUGCCCAUGUGAGAUACCUUUCACGGUGUGACAUUGGCAGUGGACUUACAGGGGACCAGUGAAGAUGAGGUCACACUGCUUAUACAGACUGUGCUGAAGACAGGCCCCUUUCAUCGGCAGCAUAAGAUGAUAUACCUCAGGUCUGUUGGUCUGUCAUCCAGGUCAUUUGAGGUCGGGUUUUAUAUAGGUUAAUCUUCAGUGAGGCCAUUGAAAGUUAACUUCCCCCCCCAUCUGAUGUAAAGUAGACAGUGUGUCUAAAUUUCUAAGGAGACCGUUUCAUGGUGAGUUAUUGUAGAUCUUCAACUCAAGGUUACUUAUGGUCAAUUUAGGGUCAACUUGAAGUCAGUCUGUGGUUAUCUUUAUAUGCUACUGAUUAUCCUAACCAACAUCAAGCAUCUCUGUAUGAUGCGAUUCGAAAGGUUUAAUCUGUGCAUACAAUGCAAAAACACUGUGGAGAUAUUUUCUUUACCAUGGGUAAUAUUAUGUUACUUGUAUCAUUGUGAGGUUGUUAAAAAACAUCAGAUAUCCAUUUAUCACGGCAUGGACCGCAGGUUUCAGUUGACAGAGUUUGAAUUUUAACAUUGGAAAGAAAGCUCGAAAAGUUUCAGUGCGAACCUUGUCUUUUGAGAUUUUCAGUGGAAAGAUUUAGAACAGUGCCAAUUAAUGUCUUGAACCUGAGUAAAACAUUUUUUAUUUGUACAUUUCAUGAUCUCUUAUGUUUCCAGGGAACUUGUUUAGAAAUGGCUUUUUUCUUUUGGAUUUUAGUUUUGAUGCACAGGUGAACCGUGCAGUGUAUUGGUACUCUUAGGUCAGUCUUUAAAAGUAUAUUGAAUAAAUUUCUCAUUUAGUGAGUGAGUGUUACAAGGCUAUAAACCAUGCAUUGUCAUUUUCACACUUUAUAAAAACCUGUUGCUGCCGGUAAUUGAAAUAAAAUCUGAGAUGAGUGAA